GCCCGGCCCCGGCUGCGUGAGGCGCUGCCCGCUCCGCUCGCCGCGCUGCCGCUCCGGGGGUGGCCGCUCGCCCGCUGGCACCUCUCGCCCGGCGGAGGGGGGCGCGGAGGGCUCUCCCCGCCAUGGCCUUCACCUUCGCCGCCUUCUGCUACAUGCUGUCGCUGGUCCUGUGCGCCGCCCUCAUCUUCUUCGCCAUCUGGCAUAUAAUUGCCUUCGAUGAGCUUCGGACAGACUUCAAGAGCCCCAUCGACCAGUGCAACCCGGCCCACGCAAGGGAGCGGCUGAGGAAUAUUGAGCGGAUUUGCUUCCUCCUGCGAAAGCUGGUGCUGCCGGAGUACUCCAUCCACAGUCUUUUCUGCAUAAUGUUUUUAUGUGCUCAGGAGUGGCUCACACUGGGGUUAAAUGUUCCUUUGCUUUUUUAUCACUUCUGGAGGUAUUUUCGUUGCCCAGCAGAUAGCUCAGAGCUGGCAUAUGAUCCGCCUGCAGUCAUGAACGCAGAUACCUUGAGUUACUGCCAGAAAGAGGCCUGGUGUAAGCUGGCCUUCUACCUCCUUUCCUUCUUCUACUAUCUCUACUGCAUGAUCUACACUCUGGUGAGCUCUUAACUGAAAGAUCAUUGCCAAGGACUGAAAACAACAAAGGCUGGAGGUGCAAGGACGAGUGAACCAAGGGGUGCAUGAUUAAAAAAAGCAAAGAUGAAAACUUUGAACCCAAGCAGUAAAUACGGUGAUGAAAGAGAGAUUCAGCAAAGAGAAGCAGAAUACCAUGGAAGAAUGGCUGAGUUAAUUCUGUUUGUCUCCUGUUUCUCAAUGUAUUGCAGCAAAUGAUUUUCAAAUCCCAAGCAAACAAAAAAAAUUGCAACAACGUGGGCCAAAUUUUACAACUAUUCACCUUUCCAGGGAUAAUGCUGCUUGGUUUAGCGGAUUCAUUAAAACUAUAAUGCCUAUAGUCCCUGCUGUCUUCCAGGAAGCAACAUUUCUUUUCUUAAGGACUAUUCUGGACUGAGGAAGCACAGGACAAGAUGAUCCUACGCAGGAAGAAGAGCUGUACAACAUUCUGAAAACAAGCAGUGAGCGGACUUCAGAAAAGAUGUGUGACUGUCCUGCAGGGCUAUUCUCAUGACACUAGUCAAACAGGGAUGUCAAAUCUCAUGGAACUGCUUCCCAGCCAAAACAACAAUAACAAAAGAAUUUGCAGUUUCAGUGUUCUGUAUUCUAACUAUGUGCUAUUCCUGCAGGUGAACAUCCAGGAUAUUUCUGUACUUCAUUUGUGAUAUGCCAAUACCAUACAGUGAGAUGUAGAAAUACAUUGGGUUUAACCUAAUCAGGCCAAGCACUUAUGAGAAUAGAGUUUCUCUGACUGAAAAAAACAAUAAACCAGAAAAACAAACAAAAAACCCACCACAUACCAGGUAAAAACUGCAUAAAUUUAAAGAGGAUUGUAACAUAGCUAUUAUAUUCAUCACAAUGCUGGAUAGCGAAUACUGGACCAGCUAAUUGUGGUCUGUAAUUCUGUUUUGCAGUUUUACUUCCGCUGUAAAAUUUAAGCUGGAACAAAUACACAAAAUGUCUUUGUCUUGUAUGAGGUUCCUAUUGAAAGAUGUUCAGUUUUUUAUAAUUUAAAGGUUUUAAAAUUUUGUCAUAGAAUUCUCAUUCUAAUUCAUUUAUAUGGGCUGCAUAUCUUUAUACAUAUAUAUGUAUAUACAAAUACAUACCUACAUAAAUACAAUCUAUUUACAUUUUAGGUCCAUCUGUUUGACAAGUCAAAGGCAUCAAGUGUCCUGAACUACUGCUAAAUAUAUUUCAGUGCUGAUCCAGGUAAACCCAGACUCAUUCCCUCAGAGUCACUGCUGCUGUGGGUAGUAGCAAGGCUGUAAACUCGAGACUGACACCAGAGCCUUCACAGACACUGCUUGGCUCUAGCAUUGGAAAGGAGCUGAUAAGGUGGGUUUCUACCAGAGGUGGGCAGAGAACAGCGUGGAGAGGCCAUCUGUCCCCUGGCUUGUUCACAGCUGGUCCUGUUAGCACGAGCUCUCUGCUCACCACGUUUGUUCUGGCUAUUGAGAGCCAGUAGACUGAGCCUGUACCAAGCUCUGAGGUGUUUUUAGGCUGGGCACAGCAGUUCAGCUGGAGAGAUGCAGUCUCACAAUGGCUGCUGAGUCAUCCCAUGUCUGGCACGUUCCCUAUGGAGCUGGAGUUACUGUGUGCCUGCAGUGCCAGGACUCACUCUGGUUUGGUCUGGCUAUAUUAACAGCAUUAAAUCCUGUUAACCAGCAAAACACAGUGGCUGCAUGCUAACUCUGCUCCUGAACCAUGCUAGCUCCCAAAUCCUGCCUGGGCAUUGCUUGGAAUGGGCUGUACAAGCAUUAUCCUGGGGUCAUUCUAACAAUAUUUAUAUGAAGUUGUCCCAAGGGGUGACAUUCUUUAAUUUACAGUAGUUUCAUUCUUUAAUUUUCAGUAGUUUUUACUGGAUGCAUUUUAUCUUCAUACAAUGUAGUAUACCCAGUUCUAGAAGCAUAAGGCUGCCAAAUCAGAUGUUGGGAAGCUGAUUUGUACUGUGGUGGUUCACAGGUUUGGAUUGCACCCACCACAGAGGUGGCUGAACUGCUCUUGAAAUCACACUGACCCUGCAGACAAUACAGAGAUGUUCUCUUGGAGUGAGCAUGAGCUAAGGAACUUCACUGCAUCAUUACAGAGCUAACUGAUGAAGCUCUGCUGCAGUGGAAUAAUUAGUGCUCAACCCGUGAAAAGCUGAUGAUUGUAACUGAAUUUCUUCUCUGCAUCCUAACUAAAGCAUCUAGUUCUAUAGCAGUAUAGGAACUGAAUUCACAAGAGCAAAUCACAGUGAAUAACUUCUAGGUGUCUUGCUACCUCAUAAAACUUUCAUCUCUGAGCAGGUGACUGAAUCUUUCUGUGCAUCUUCUAGGAUUUCAUAGGAAAUGAAAAGAAAUUACUUCAGGUUCCCUAUAUUCCAAAUACAUGCUUUCAAGUCAGUUUCAUAGAAAGACUUGGAAUUUUGUGAGGUUGGAUGGGUGGAAGUAUGAUCACUUCUUGCCUGAAAACACACAAGUUUCAAAUCCUGAGGUUCAGGAAUGAGCUGGACUGGUAGGAGGUCAAUUAUUUGCAUGCAGGGCUGAGUAAAAGCUCUGUGAGUUUUUGUAACUGGCAUUGGCCUGUAAUUUUUGACUUUGCAAAAAAGCAAUUGUGUAUGUGGGUCUUCUGAGUGUAACCUCAGGGGACUUCAAGGACUGGAGUGGAUAUGCUUGGUCAUUUGAAAGAGGUUCUCUACUUCAGGCAACAUCAUCAAUACACUUACCAAACUCCACUGGAAAGCAGAACACUUCAUUUGAUCCUACUACUGCCUUGAGUUUCCAGGAUUUCACUGCUCUGGUAUUUGAUUUUUUUUUUUCUUUUUUUUUUUUUUUUUUCAUUUCCAGAAUAAAUUUAUUCUUAGAAAAUUUAUUCUACUUGCUUUUGAGCCAACAUUAGCCUACUUACACUUCUCUCAUGCUGCUUAAGAUUUCAAUAUACAGAGAAAGAAGUCCUUUUCACCCUCCGUUCUGUUAAAAGUGAGUUGUCUUGUGUCCUCCCAUAAAAAACUCUAUUCUCCAUGUCUUCUUUAAAGAGUUUUUCUGUUGUCUUUCCAGUCAAAUAAAUCUUUCUUAAGAGUGGAUAAUCACAGCUGGUCAGAGCAUUCUGGAGAGUAUCUCACUCUAAUUAGUCCUUGCUGUGAAUGGUCAGUAAAAGCUAAAAGUCUCAGUUCUUUCCAAUAAUACUUAUUCAAAAAAGUAAUCACACAGCUCUCAAUAGCAUUUUGUUUUUCUUUGAUAUAAAUCUUAAAGCUGAUGGAAAAACUGAUUAAUACUAUGUUCCCUUUCAUUGAAUUUAGUCUGCAGAGCCAGGAGUUAGACUUGAUGAUCUUUGUGGGUCUCUUCCAGCUCAGGAGAUUCAGUGAUUCUGCUUUAACCAAAGCAAGGGAAGAAUAGAAAAGAAUACUGUGAUCUUUGGUCACAAGGAAGUGUCUUCCCCAUGUCACACUUUUGAGGGAGAAACAAUCUAUGCUAUCCUUUUUGUCUCCAGGUCCUCCUUGUUGGUUAGUGGGGACUGGAGAUUUCCUCUGCAAGUCUGCUUUCUUCCUGUCUCUUUUCCCAGAAGGCUGAAUGUCACUAUUUAGGAGCAGAGUUAUCUUCUCUUCACAGAGAGAAGAAUCUUCUGGGAUUUUUUCUGAUGGUACAGAUAAAUCCCAGAAAACACAUCAUCACCCUUUGCUCCUUCAGGAGCAGGUGUGAAAUGCGCACGUUCUUAAAUGAGUAUUCAUUUUCCCCAGCUGCACCAUCUGUAAGUGAAAGAGGUGAUACUUACCUUGGGAACUCUUCCCAUACAUGUUGUACUCUUUUUUUUUUUCCUUUUUUUUUUUUUCCCUGUAACUGUUGAAUCUGCUUAAAAGAAAAAGGUAAGAGGUGCAAUAAAAUGGGAGAGGAUGAGACCUGGAUGAGCUGCUUACCAAAGAGGCACCUACACAGUGUGCUCGCCUUUAGCUGCCUGUUCCUGGAAGGGAUGAAAGGCAAGGUCUCCUAUUUAUAGUCAGGUAAUUGCAGUGAUGCUGAAUAAAUUGUUGCUGCUCUGACUGUUUCAGUUUCAAGUACAGCAAAUCAGUGCUGAUAGCAGAAUGCUUCGCCUACAAAUAAUUAACUGUACUUAAGCUGUCAGAAAUGUUUUUCCAUCUGCUUCCUUGAGCCGUAUUCUUCCUUUUGCACUAAGCCCCUCAAAGAGAAAGAAAAACUUUUUCAACCCACACCUUACAGAAACUCAGAAACUGCUCUGAGGUUGUUAUGAUCUGGCAAUGUUGUUGGGGUCAUGAGUAAUCCUACACUGUUAGCAAGGGUAUUAGCAAUCUAUUGCUUUUCCUUUCUCCAUUCCAUCCCCACACAAGCAUUUUUGCCAAAAAAAAAAGGAAAAAUCACAGCGCAUGAUCCAAAAUCCUUGAAUUUACUGGGGGUUAUUUGUUGUUUCCAUUUAAUGCCCAUUCCCUCUAUGUGGGGAAUAGGUUCCCACUGGAAAGUCUCUAGACUUUUAUUGGUAGGAUCCUUUAGAUCUUGAUACCACAUCUAUUAAACUGAAUUAUGUUAAUAGAAAGGGAACCUGCAUUUUUGAGGGAUAAGGGUAAAAUUUCAAUGCUUAUGCUAAGCUACCACAGAAAAUUAUACCAACUUGAUAAAAAUCUGGCUACAUGGAAGUUGAUGGAAAUCAUACCUUUUGUUUCAUGUGAGCCCCAUGUAACACUGCAUAUUUUCUACCAAGAGAUUGGUGGAAAUUAAAAAUAGAAAAAACCCCAAACAAAUGCAAGAAGUUUAGUUCAUCAAAAAUGUUGUUGGAUGUUAGAAAAGCUUGAGUUGCUAUAAAUACAACAGAAGAUGAGAAGGUCAAAAGAAACCAAGAGUUGAGUUUUUUUUUCUUUGGGAAGCAACAAAUACUAGGCUGCCAUCCAUGCUGCACUGAACUUUACAUUGGUGAUCUCAGUCCAGAUUCCUGCUCUGGUGAGUUUUUCCAUCAUCCAUUGCUCAUGAACACAUUGCUCUGAUUUACUUUUUUUUCUGCUCAGUAACGCAGUUGCAGGUGGGAAGGAGGGAAAAUUCUCCCGUGAAAUACCAUAUUCCCCUUCUUUUCUCCCAGAGAACAUGCUGUAACAAAAUUCUGAUGAUGUGUUUCAGUGGUACACUUCAACCAAAGAAUGAAGUUCUUUGCUGCAGACAAUAUUCUGAUGCAAUUAAAUAAACCACAGGUCUAGAAAUAUUUUUUAGUGCUUGCACACUUGAAAUAGUUAUUUUAUUACCUCUAAUCGCUGGCCAACUUCCCAUGUAAGAGAAAAUAUGCUUCUGUGGCCUUUCUGUGACAUCAAACUCUCAGUAAAACUCUGAGGAAUGUAAAGUGCUUUUUAAUUUUUUUUUCUAAUAAUGAAUCCCCAUAUUUGAAUAAUAUGUUAUGGCAAUGGAAUAUAGCAUUAAAAGCCAACAUAUCAUGUUUAGUCUAAAUCUCAAAGAGUUGUUGCUCCUUUCUUCCUAUAAAUUAUCCCUAAUAUCACCAGUCUCCUGACAGACCUGAAGAAAUUUGCCUGUCCCACUGUUCUGACAGUUUUGGUCUUUUUAAACAGAUUUGCAGCCACUGAUCAUCAGUGUGAAAUGCCGACUGGAAAAAACAACUUUUACAAGAUUAUGGAAACAUUUUAAAUAACACAGAAGUCAUCCAGUCUUGUGGAAUGGCUCUCACCUGUGCAUAGUAAUGUAAAGUACCAAGCACUUAAUAGUGCAAGUAAUACAUAGUACAAGUCCUGUAGAACAAGCAAAGCAGGAUUUCUCUCUGUGCUCUACGAGAUCUUGUGAGAUGGAGGCAUUUCUCUCUCUGAGUACUGCCUGGUACUGCACAGCUGGAAUUGGGAAUUACACAUCUAGAUGCUAUUAUAAUCCUAAAUAAUGAAUAAUUUUUCUCAUGGGAGGAAACAAUGGAAUUCAGUGGAAUUAGUCAAAAUGCAUUUGUUCUACUGCCACCAAGAUGGGUACCUGACCUGGGCUGGUGCUGUGCCUCAGGGCCUGCUGACAAACUGAAGUGUGCAUCAGCCUCUGAAUGCAUGUAGGCUGUAAUUUGAUGCUGCCAGAAAGCACUAAAAUGUAAAGAACAGUGGUCAAAACUGCUCCCCAUUUCAGAAUUUUGCAUCCUUCUAAUUAAUUUUGGCUUUGCCCAUUUAUCCUCUUUCUUCAUCACACACUGGAUCGUGUUUCAUGCAUCUUUCAGAGCUGCAUUUAAAACAAACCCAGUGCAAGCUCAGACUGGAGCAGUGGCACUAGUUCUAAUCCAAAUCCUUCAUCUGCUUGUGGAUAUUUAUUUGAGAAUAAAAUUAUCCUAGUUUGGUUGUAACUAGGUACAAAUGGAAAUUAGCUAUUUUGAUAGGCAUCCUUUCAUCCUAGAAAAUUAAUAAAGCUGCAUUUGUACAGGAGUUUGAUGUUUAAAUGUGCAUUAGCACAGAUUUGUUAUUAGCCUAGAUCAGCAGCACAGAAGUUGCCUCAAUCUGGAAAAGGAUGAUAAAUUUUUGUAGGCUGCAAAGCUGCAGAGCUGUGUUCAUGGGGGGAGCAUGUCCCAUUUACAGGCACUGGUGUAACCUUUCAUGGUGGGGUCAUGCAGGUUGGUGGGGGGCAUUUGGCCUGUUUUAACCCUUGUUUCAUCCACUACAGAUUAUAUCACCCUUGAAUUUUGCCACCUAUUUUGAUUCUAGAUCCUCGAAUUCAGCCCUGAAGCAGGCUUUUUUUAAUACAUAUUGAUACAUGUUUAUGUUGUCUAAGACAUUGCAUGAGAUGAACUCUAAAGGAAUAUAAAGUGGGUUUUAUAUCCCUUUAUUGUCUGUUUAUAGGCUUUUAAAUACUUUAGUCUUUAAUUAUGUGCUCCUUGAUAUGCACAUACCCACAUAGGCCAUCUAAAAGCUAAAUAAAUUAUUGUCUGUUAAUAUAA